AUGACAGUGCUUUUCUACAUUAGCAAUAUGGCGGGUGCGAUGUUAUUUGAAAGAGUGCAAACUGUGUCUAACUCAGACCGCGAACAAUUUUUGAAAAUAAAUCGAAAUGGAGAACAAAAUAACAGUGAUGAAGAAAACAUUAAAUCAAAAGAACAGGAUAUCCUCAAUCUUGGUGAGCAAUAUAAGAGGGAAGGAAAGGCUAAGGAGCUUGCUGAACUCAUAAAAGCAACUAGACCUUUUCUGAGUGAAAUAAGCAAAGCUAAAGCUGCAAAAUUGGUUCGUUCUCUUGUUGAUUUUUUUCUCGAUCUCGAAGCUGGUAUUGGCAUUGAAGUUCAAUUAUGCAAAGAAUGUAUCGAAUGGGCAAAGGAAGAACGCAGAACUUUCUUGAGACAAAGUUUAGAGGCUCGUUUAGUUGCCUUAUAUUUCGAUACUGGAAUGUUUUCAGAGGCUCUCACACUUGGAUCUACUUUACUUAAAGAACUAAAAAAACUUGAUGACAAAAACCUUUUGGUGGAAGUUCAACUUCUUGAAAGCAAGACAUACCAUGCCUUGAGCAAUCUUCCCAAAGCGAGAGCAGCCCUUACUUCAGCUAGAACAACGGCUAAUUCUAUAUAUUGUCCACCUAAAUUACAGGCUGCCCUUGAUUUGCAAUCUGGUAUAUUGCAUGCAGCAGAUGAAAAAGAUUUUAAAACAGCAUAUUCAUACUUUUACGAAGCUUUUGAAGGCUUUGAUAGUGUUGAAGCACCAAAAGCUCUAGUAGCUUUGAAAUAUAUGCUUCUUUCCAAAAUAAUGUUAAAUAAUCCAGAAGAAGUCCAUCAAAUUGUUAGUGGAAAACUGGCAAUCAAAUAUGCUGGAAAAGAUAUAGAUGCAAUGAAAUCUGUAGCUCAAGCUUCACAUAAAAGAUCAUUGGCUGAUUUUCAAGUUGCUGUGAAAGAAUUUAAGCAUGAGCUUGAAGAUGAUGUUAUUGUACGUGCUCAUUUGGGAACUUUAUAUGAUAAUAUGCUUGAACAAAAUUUAUGUAGAAUCAUUGAGCCUUAUUCAAGAGUUGAAGUUGAACAUAUUGCCAAAACUAUAAAGCUUCCUGUGGCACAAGUUGAAAAAAAACUCUCUCAAAUGAUUUUGGAUGUUAAGUUUCAUGGAAUAUUAGACCAGGGAGAAGGAGUACUAAUAGUUUUCGAAGAGACCCCAAUAGACAAGACAUAUGAAAUGGCUUUAGAAACAAUUCAAAGUAUGAGUAAAGUAGUGGAUACUCUCUAUCAAAAAGCUAAGAAAUUGUCAUAGGUUGAAAGAAUAAGAAAUAUUAUGAUGUAAACAGACUGUAUUUUGCCCAAUAUCGAAUUAUACCUUUCUCUAACAGUUGUCCUAAUCAGUUCUAACAGUAACAGAAGUUCCAUUUAACCUGUUUUUGUAAAUAAUUAAUAACUUAAGUUUUUUCGAUCAAAAUUCAGAAAUUAAUUGUGAACUAUGUACAAUGAACAGUGUUUUGGUUUUUGAAUUAAAAUCCUGUUUCUUAA